ACGGGCGAUUCGAAAAAAAAAACAGCCCGUCGGAGCUCCGAGAGCCGGCGCCGGCGAGCCCGGGCACGUGCCCUAGGUGCCCCCACGGUGGGCUAACCUAAACCGACUCGGAUAUAGCGGCCGGUCGCAGCACUCCUUGUGCGGGUCCCUGGGUGCAGGGCACGUGCGAGGUUCGUUACCUCUCCGUGAAACCAAAGCGCGACGCAGUGGUGAGGACUUCUCCUUUCCGCGAUAGCUUCCUCUGACCACCAACAAAUCUCGCCCAUGGGUUCCUCCUCUGCCUCCCCUAUGGAGGAGGAGGGCAGGCACCCGCGCCGUGAGAAGAGGCGAAUGCGCUGCCGCACUGCCUCGCAGGAGCCCGGCUCCACGGCCUCGACAUCUCAGGACCUCUGCUCAUCAAGGAGUUGUGAGGAAGAUGGCGGCGGAACGGCAACUACCCAUGGAAAGUGGAAUCCAUAUGAAUCACACAGACCUGAAAUUGAUGAUGCUCCUGUUUUCACCCCAACUGAAGAGGAAUUUGAAGAUCCCAUUGGGUACAUUACUAGCAUUCGUCCACAAGCAGAAAAGUAUGGAAUUUGUCGUAUUGUUCCACCGCCUUCUUGGAGACCACCAUGUCCUCUAAAGGAGAAGAGUUUCUGGGACUGUACAGAGUUCAAUACCCGAGUUCAAGAAGUUGACAAGCUUCAAAACCGGGAACCCACAAAGAAAAGAACACAACCUCGAGUUCAGAAGAAAAGAAAGCGAAGAAAGCGUCUGAGGUUUGGGAUGUUUCGCAGGCGACCUAGCGCAAAUGCCUCAGAAAAUGCUGACUCGGAAGAGAAGUUUGGUUUUCAGUCGGGCUCAGAUUUCACACUAGAGGAAUUUCAGAAAUAUGCAGACGAGUUUAAGCAGCGGUAUUUUGGAAUGAAGGGAAGUGAUGAAAUUUCUCUUUCUGAAAUCAAGAACCACAAAGAAAUAUGGCGACCAUCAGUUGAGGAAAUUGAGGGAGAAUACUGGCGGAUAGUAGUAUGCCCUGAUGAUGAAGUCGAGGUGGAUUAUGGGGCUGACUUGGAUACUGCAACGUUUGGUAGUGGAUUCCCGAAAUUGUCUCUAUCAGAUGCAAAUAAGCAAGAUCCAUAUUGUUUAUCUUGUUGGAACUUGAAUAAUCUGCGACGGCAGCAUGGGUCUGUUCUUUCAUUUGAAACGGAGGAUAUAUCUGGAGUUGUAGUCCCUUGGCUUUAUGUUGGGAUGUGUUUCUCAUCAUUCUGCUGGCAUGUGGAAGAUCAUUUCCUUUAUUCUCUGAAUUACAUGCAUUUUGGUGAACAAAAAGUAUGGUAUGGUGUUCGCGGUGAUGACGCGGUGAAGCUGGAAGAAGCUAUGAAAAGGAACUUACCAAGACUAUUUGAAGAACAGCCGGAUCUCCUGCAUGAACUGGUUACACAGUUAUCCCCUUCUGUUCUAAAGUCAGAAGGAAUUCCUGUUUACCGUGUUGUUCAGAAUCCUGGCGAGUUUGUUCUGACACUACCGCGAGCUUAUCAUUCUGGGUUCAACUGUGGGUUCAACUGUGCAGAGGCAGUAAAUGUUGCUCCUGUGGAUUGGCUGCCCCAUGGACAGUGUGCAGUCGAGCUCUACAGAGAGCAGCGGCGCAAGACAUCAAUAUCGCAUGAUAAGUUAUUACUAAAAUCUGCUCAAAGAGCUCUCAGACAACUUUGGAUAAACCUUGGCAACUGCAGGAGUGGUCAGACAGAGUAUCUAUGGCUGGAUACCUGUGGAAAGAAUGGAAUGCUGACAAGUGCAGUUAAGACAAGGGUCAAAAUGGAAGGUGCAGCACGGGAAAUGAAUGCUGUUUUGCAAUGCAAGAAGAUGGAUCAGGAUUAUGAUUCGACAGACCGGGAAUGCUUUUCAUGCUUUUAUGAUCUCCAUUUAUCUGCUGUCAGUUGCAAAUGUUCACCAGACCGUUUUGCUUGCUUAAACCAUGCAAAUCUUCUAUGUUCAUGUGAAAGUGGCAGAAAAUAUUUGUUAUAUCGAUACAGCAUGGAGGAGCUAAAUGCUCUUGUUGCAGCUCUGGAGGGAGAUUCAGCUGCAGUGUACCGGUGGAUACAGUUCGAUCAAGACUUUCUUUGCCAAUCUGGUUCUAGGCAGCAGCAGAACAAUAUGAACUUCAGUAAAAGCAAAGAGUUACCUGAAUCAGCAAUUGAUCUGAACAUUGGUUGUGGCUUUGAUGACUUUCAUGACCUUGAUAAGAUAGCAGGAAAUCAGAAAGAAAAGAAAGUUCAGAAUAAAUGUGCUGAUGUGAACAUGGAAAAUAAAUCUAGUCCUGGAAUAAAAAAUGAGCUAGUGCGUAGUUCUGACACAUCCAAUGCAGCAUGUUUCUCGAGCUCUUCAUGUACAGCUUCAGAAAAGCAUGACAAGGACAAAAUAGCUAUCGAUUCAGAGUCUACGGUGACAGCAAUAAACCCACCUGUUUCAAAUUCCCAAUUUUCACAGUCCUCCAAGUGUUUAUCUGAGUUGUCAUGUCCAAAAGGAAAUUCUACCCCAAGUUCAAAAACUACUAAGAAACUGUUUGGUUUUGAUAUUGAAUGCAAUGUGGCCAAGACUUCGGAUUCCCAGGUAAGUCAACUGGUCAAGCCUUCUACAAGCCAGCUUGAUGAAGUCUCCAGGCCAACGAUAUUAUGGAGUACAGUUGAGCCACUUGAAUAUGGUACAGUGAUGGUAGGCAAAAACUGGUGCAACCAUCAAGCUAUCUUUCCAAAAGGGUUUAGGAGUCGAGUUACAUUUCACAGUGUACUAGAUCCAACAAAGACAUGUGGCUACGUUUCAGAAGUUCUUGAUGCUGGACUUCUUGGACCAUUGUUUAAGGUGACUGUGGAGGACCUUCCUGAGAUUUCUUUUACUCACACUUCUCCAAUGGAAUGCUGGAACAGCGUGAGGGACAGAGUGAAUGAAGAAAUAGAGAAGCAGCAUAGGGUUGGAAAAUCUGGCGGACGCGCUAUAUUAUCCACCAAUUCUGUAAAUGGGCUUGAAAUGUUUGGUUUCUCUUUCCCACCAAUCAUUCAGGAAAUCGAGGCUCUAGAUCCCAAUCACAGGUGCUUAGAAUAUUGGUUGUCGAAGCAUAUGCCUCCUGUGAAAGAACUCCCUUCAGGGUCUGUGAAUGGCAUGAAUAAUUCCCCUAUAAGGUUACCUGGGGUUGAUAUUACCAGUAAUGAGUCAGAACACUCAAGUUUCCGCCAUAACUCCUGUGCUGAGGAGGUUAAACUCGGUAGGCUGCUUAAGAAGGCUAAACUACCAGAAGAACCAGAAUUAAUUGACACAAGCAAAGUAUUCAGCAGCCAAGAGCAUAGCAGUAGCAACUGGAGUGGCAGUCGCCACUGUGCAGGAUGAGUCGAAGAUAAAUAGUGUCUUGGAUAGGUGAAUCAUUUUUAAUAAGUCAUGUUAGAAAGCUUCCCUAGGGAACCAUUAGAAUUGAACUAGAGCCACCAUUGAUUUGCAUCCUUGUAGACUUGCAUUACCUGAUCUUCCAUUAAGCCUGGCAUGAUCCCAAUUUAUUCUAACUCGAUGGCAACAAGUCGUUGUGUUUUCUAGUCUGUCCUGAUUAGGCUGGUUCGUCGUAACCAAUGUAACAAGUUGAUCAUUCGUUUAUCAAAAGUUUACAUGUACAUAACCUUGUUGCUGGAAAUUGGAAAAGAAAUGAAGAAAUUGUUUUUCAUUA